CAUGGGUUGAAAAUCGGUGAAAGUUUAUGGAACUUGAAACGUUUUGAACUAUUUAUGGCCUUCUGUAAAAGUUUGAAUCCCAUAAAAAGUUCCAUUUGUCAUUAUAAUUCUUAAUCCUGUGUAUCUGGAAGGGAUUUCAUGUGAGCUAAUUUAUGCAUUAUUUGAAAUUACUUAAAAAACACUCACUUUUUAUUUCUUCGAUCUUUGUUAUUCAAGGAUAAAUAUUACUUCAUACAUGCGGACAGGUACACUCGAUGUGGAUGUGAAGUAGGGAUGAAAAUCAUAGAUGAUAGAUGGAAGAUAAUUAAGAUAUACAAAAAAAAAUGGAUACUUUCGGAAAUUCUAUGUUUGACACACCAAAUUGGGGUCGGUAAAUUAUCAAGAUUGUGAAGAUAUUUUAGAAAUAUUAUUUUGACACACCAAAUUAGUUGUUUUAGGGGAUACGUAUUUUAAACAAAAGAUGUGUUAUAAACACACAAUGACGGCUUUGACACUUUUGCAUUAUUUGUGAUAAAGAAAUACUUAAGAUGACUAAUUUAUUUAAUUUUACAAAUUUUAUAUGAACUUAACUGUCCAAUUAAUAUGUUAUAUUUUUUUAUAUAAUAUAUUUUACAACGUGAAAUAUUGUUUGUCGUAUGCACACAAAAAUGGCGUGUCAAUAAUAGUAUAGACUUGUUACUCAAGGUACUAAAUGUAAUCUAACCUAAAAUUAGGAGUACAAACCGCAAUUUCCAAAAAAAUACGAUGGCAAAAUGGCAACUUCAUGUUCAGCAUAGAACAAACGUGGCCGUUAAAAUUUGAAAUCAAACUCCUCCAUAAACCGUCGCAACUUCACAAAAUUCCCUCCGAACUACAUAACCACCCAUUAUCUCCUCUUUCCUUCAUCUUCACAAACUGAUUUCACGAACCCUUCAUCAAUCAAUAGCUGCAAAUUUAAUCAUCCAAAAGCUUCAAAUUCACAAAAAUGGCGUCCCUGAAAUCCUGCUUCCGGCAUUCCGUCGCGUCCGUCGCUCUCAGAUCAUAUGUCGCUGAGUUCAUAUCAACUUUCCUCUUCGUCUUCGCUGCCGUCGGCGCCACCAUGGCUUCGGGGAAGAUGACAGCCGAUGCAGGGCGGGAUUCUUCGAGUCUGGUAGUGAUUGCCGUCGCGAGUGCCUUCUCACUUUCCGUGGCGGUUUACAUUUCUGCCAAUGUAUCCGGUGGGCAUGUGAAUCCGGCGGUUACUUUCGGCAUGGCGGUCGGCGGACAUAUUAGUAUUCCGAUGGCCAUCUUCUACUGGAUCGCGCAGAUGCUUGGCUCCGUCAUGGCUUGUCUUCUGCUGAAAACAACCACCGUUGCACAGCAAGUUCCUCUCCACCCGAUUCCACAGGAAAUGACCGGGUUCGGAGCAUCCAUAUUGGAGGGUGUGAUGACAUUUUCACUGGUGUACACUGUAUACGCGUCUGCUGACCCGAGAAGGGGAGCUAUGGGAACCAUUGGGCCACUGGCAAUCGGGCUUAUAGCCGGAGCCAAUAUUUUGGCAUCCGGGCCGUUCACAGGUGGGUCAAUGAACCCGGCAUGUUCAUUCGCUACUGCUGUUAUUGGAGGGAGUUUCAAGAACCAAGCGGUUUAUUGGGUCGGACCCUUGAUCGGAGCAGCCAUUGCUGGGAUCCUGUAUGAUAAUGUGGUGUUCCCUACUCAGGUUCCUGAUUCCUUGAGGGGCAUUUCUGAUGGAGUUGGAGUCUAAUUUUGCUUGUGAUCUGUAAUUUUCCUAGUGUUAA